CUAUUCUGUUAACAACCAGAAAAAGAAAAUUCAACUAAAUCUACAUUUCUUCACUCCUUUAAUUUCUAUUUUGUUUCCUUCCUCAAAAAUUAUUUUCAGAACAUUUGAAACAUUCUCUUUUGUUGACUCAUCUAUCCCUUUGAUAUUUUUUAAUAAUUGAUUGCAGCCACUUGGAACGUAUUGAAAUGUGGUUUCGAUUCCUGUAAAUAUAUUUUAAUUGGCGGAUAUAAAGGAGGUUAAAAAAAUGGCUGUUCUGAGAUUGUAGCAGUGAUUGAUUGAUGAUUUUGAUCUUAUAUUCGGAGGCCGGAGAUGUCAAUUCAGCACAAAAAGUCUAAUGCUGAGAUUGUUACAGGUUCUCGCCUGUGUGAUCUCUUAAAUUCAGAAUCACCAAGAUGGAGUGGGGAAAACGAUCAACCAACAGAUUCUGGUGCACAGGGAAAGCUGAACUUUCUUUUAAGUCAAUCUGGUAAUAAGGUUUGUGCAGAUUGUGGAUCUCCAGAUCCGAAAUGGGUAUCUUUGAAUCUUGGUGUAUUUAUUUGUAUCAAGUGUUCUGGCAUUCAUAGAAGCCUUGGAGUGCACAUAUCAAAGGUUAUAUCAGUGAAACUAGAUGGAUGGACAGAUGAACAAGUUGACGCUUUGGCAGAACUAGGUGGCAAUGCUGUAGUGAACAAGAAAUAUGAGGCUUAUAUUCCUGAUAAUAUCAGUAAACCAAAGCCAGAUUCAUCAAUAGAAGACCGGUCUGAUUUCAUCAGGAGAAAGUAUGAGAAGCUACAAUUUUCAAAUCCUGAUGAUUACAAACUACUCUGCCUAUUACCAGCUCCUCAUCGGCGUUCAUCAUCCUCCCCCUCCGCAAGUUCUUCAACCUUUUUCACUCCGAAUGACAAGAAAGUGUAUGAAAAACAGCCAACAAAAAAUCGUAUUGGCAAUGCAUUACGAAAUAGCUGGGGAAGAAAAGAGAUUGAUAGUAAGCCAGCAAAGAAGAACAACUCAUUGGCAAGUAUGGUCGAGUUUGUUGGCUUGAUAAAGGUCAAUGUGGUCAAAGGCAUCAACCUGGUUAUUCGGGAUGUCGUAUCAAGUGACCCGUAUGUCAUCCUAGUUCUGGGUCACCAAACGUUGAGGACACGUGUUAUAAAGAACAAUCUGAAUCCUAUUUGGAAUGAAAGUCUAAUGUUGUCGAUUCCAGAAGACGUUCCUCCUCUAAAAGUGUAUGUUUACGACAAGGAUAAAUUUUCAUACGAUGACUUUAUGGGGGAAGCCGAGAUUGACAUUCAACCCUUGGUGGCUGCUACAAAAGCGUAUGAGAAUUCGACAAUGGAUGAAACCAUAGAUUUCAAGAAGUGGGUAUCGACCAAGGAAACCAGCUUAGUAGAAGAAGGUGCCAUUACUGUUGUAGAUGGGAAGUUGAAACAGGAUAUUGUUCUGAAGCUGCAGAAAGUUGAGAAAGGUACAUUGGAAAUUGAGCUUGAGUGUGUUCCUCUUACUCAAUAGCAUAGAAAUAUAGCCUGAGAUACUUUUUUUUUUUUAAUUAUUUAUAUUUAUUAUUGCAAUUAUUAAACUCGUACACAAAUUGUAUUGCAGUAAGCGGUCUUUUUAACUUUGAUAGCCUCUCUGUUAAGAACUUGAGAUGUUUGCUUCCCUUGAUCAAUCAUGAAUAUGUUCAUGUGUGAA